UAUCUCUCUGUCUCUGUCUCAGAUCAUCCCAGUAGAGAGGCUGGUGAAGGGGAGGUUUCAGGAUAACUUUGAGUUCAUCCAGUGGUUUAAGAAGUUUUUUGAUGCCAACUACGAUGGGAAGGAGUAUGACCCUGUGGCCACACGCCAGGGGCAGGAGGGCGCCCCCUCACCCAACCCAGGCCCCCAGAGGACGUCUCCCACGGCGACCAAGACAUUCCACGCCCCCCCGAGGCAGAUACAGUCCGCCCCCAUCCGCAGGGCGACGCCCACCAGAGCGUCAGACGCUGAGAUACUACAACUGAACCAGCAGAUGUUGGACCUGAAACUGACAGUGGAUGGUCUUGAGAAGGAGAGAGAUUUCUACUUCAGUAAGCUGAGAGAUAUCGAGCUGAUCUGUCAGGAGAAUGAGACCAACACCAGCCCAACACUCUCCAAGAUCAUGGAUAUACUGUACGCUACUGAGGGCGAGGUUGACCUUCUCAGCCAACUUACCUGAUAAAUAAAGGAGGCGUUAUAUCGCUUUGUGGCGGCAGCGGAUGAGGAGGCGCCACGUGGAACAUUCCUCCGCUCUCUCCCCGGAUCAGCGCUUCAAGAUCCUACCUCUAUUUUAUUACUCUCAUUCUCUUCCCUCUUCCUCCUCCCCCCCUCCUACCCCCUCCUCCCUCCCCUCAGACAUGUCAGGCUAACGCUGUACACUGAAUCGGUAUGGUUGGUGUUAGCAGGAUGCUAGGCUAAUGGCUAAUGUAAAUUAGAUAACAGGGUAGCACAGAGCAAGAAUCUAUAGCGCCCUCUACAGAUAGAGGCAGGUAACACAAACUCACUAAUCUCUGAACCCAUAAAAUUCUGUCAUGAUUGUCUCGGAUGAGGGGAGACGAAACUCCCUCCACAGACUCACUGGUCCAGUUCAGUACCUACCAUGUACAUAUGACCAGGGAGAUCGUUGAAGAAUCACUGCGGAAUUGGAUGUUGGGAAAUGCCUUCAGAACCGUCCACUGGGGCAACAGUGAGCUCUAUUACCAUCCAGUAGACUUUACCUUGAGGACAGGGGUGGUUCACUAACUAAAUGUAGCCCUUCAUCUAAACAUGUUGACGUUUGGAGCAAAUGGGACACCACAACAGUGUCAGAAACACUGAAAUUUGACAUUUGGAUAAACGUAGAUGAAUGACUAGUUCUGCAGUGAGACAGAGCGUGCGCUCUGGAUAAGAGCAUCUGCUAAAUGACUUAAAUGUAAAUGUAAUAUCAAUCCCUGCAUUAACAAUAUGGACCAGUUGACCAGAACCAUCCGAGUCCAAUCUGGAGCAAAAACAACAAUCAGAAUGAUCCAGAAGCCAACAAUGCAGUGUGAUGAGGCCAGUAGGAAGCAGAGAACUGCUUCGGUUCUGUUCAGUAGGGAGCAACAUCCCAGGACAUUCAGAACUAUACAUUCUGCAGGUUUUAACCUCAAUUUCCAUUUAUGUUUUGAAUGAGUUAUUUAACGUUAGCUUGGAGUGGCUAACAUGUUAGCGUGAAUCUAUUACCCUGAGAAAGUUUAAUAAAAUGUAUAUGAACAACACUACUACACUGUAUAUACGAAUGGGUGAAUAUUAAUUAAUUUAUUUGAAGUGUGUUUUUUUUAGCAGCUGUUUAUGAUUGAGUUUCUUCUUGUUAGAGGCAGGGCUUAAAUCGCUAUCAGGGUCAGCCUCCGGUUGUCAUGGCAGUAGACCUGUGACUGACAUGCAUCGUUAAGAGUUUUAUUACAGAGGCUGAAUAAACAGUGGGUUCAAAACCA